AUGAAUCGUCUGCUGGAAUACGGUAGUGUUGAAGCUAUUCCCUAUUACAACUGCUCCAAUACAACUGCAGAAAUAGACAACUUGAAAAUGUAUUUCUUUCUGUUUCAAAUAAUGUUUAAUAAACAACAUGCGAAGAACUGUGUAUAAUUCAGUAUUUAUGGCAUGGAUUCCUGAUCCAUUAUCCGAGGAAGUACCCAGUGAAGAUGCUGCUGCAAUGUACGAAAACUCUAUUCAUGCGUGGAACAAUUCGGGUUUUGCAUCAUGUUUAUUCUCUUCUCUGUGUAUUUUGUAAUGGUAAAACGGAUGGCAAAAGGACAGAAGUCGAAGGCUGCUAGAUCGAUGAGUAUUUCUGAAAUAUCCGUAUAGUCUUUUAACAA